GCCGGAUCUUACCCCUUACUAAAUUGUCCUUCUCGCCAGCCAACGGUUUUGGAAGCAUGAGUCUCGUUGACUAUUGGUGUCUUCUGCAGCAUUGGCAAUGGCCGCCUCAUCGAGCGUCGUGGCAGUUUUGGCGGUAGUGCCGCUUUUGCCCCUCGUAUUUGUCUUGCUUCUACAGUUGUCACUACGCGCGCUUGGCUGGUACCUACGAGCACAGUCCAGAGACCGGAAGGCCGCGAUCUUCGAAAGGGUCAGGCGAGAAAGAGCCGCUGUGUUGGAGAAUCAGCCUCUGUCCCAGGAAGCCGAAGAUGGGUGGGAGAGGGUCGAGAAGGAGGGCACCGCUCAGAAUGGCAAGCCUCUUGAGGAUGAAUGGGGCGGAGUCAUUGGAUUCUUCCAUCCCUUCUGCAAUGCUGGUGGCGGCGGUGAGAGAGUGUUAUGGGCUGCCAUAGCCGCAACUCAGCGACGAUGGCCCAACGCCAUAUGCGCAGUUUAUACCGGUGAUCACGACAUCGACCGGGCGGUGGUGGUCGCCACGGUCAGAAAUCGCUUUGGAAUCACCCUUCAAGAGCACUCCCUUGUCUUUCUGUACCUUUCGAGCCGUCGUUUUGUCCUUGCAAGCACCUAUCCUCACCUCACGCUGUUGGGCCAGUCACUCGGCUCGCUGAUCCUAGCUUAUGACGCCUUUCAGCUGCUCGUGCCCGACAUUUUUGUCGACACCAUGGGGUACGCAUUCGCGGUCGCCCUUUGCAAAUACCUCUUCCCCGACGUGCCUAAUGCGGCAUACGUGCAUUAUCCGACCAUUUCUACCGACAUGCUAGACAGCCUUGAGGACACGACAGGUCUGAAGGGAAUUCAUGCAGGUGCCGGGCAAGGGUGGAAGGGCAAAGGAAAGAAAUACUAUUGGCGUGCUUUUGCAUGGCUCUACGGGUUUGUCGGCAGACAGAUCGAUGUGGUGAUGUGCAAUUCAACUUGGACGCAAGGCCACAUCCGACAGCUGUGGAAGCCGAAAAGAGCCUCGUCGUCGUUCGCAGCUAUAGUCUAUCCGCCUUGCCCAGUCGAAGAGCUGGAAGCACGAAUCACGUUGACAGAGGAGAGCGAGAAACAACGGGAAAACAUUGUGCUCUACAUUGCUCAAUUCCGACCCGAGAAGAACCAUUCUCUGAUUCUCCGAUCCUUUGCCAAGUUCUACCAGGCCGCAAAGGAGAAACCACGGUUGGUUCUUAUUGGGUCGGUUCGAAGCAAUACGCCGGACGAGAAGCACAUCUACAACCUUCGACUCGAAGCACACGAACUAAGGAUCAAGGACGCCACUACCUUCAUCUGUGAUGCCCCCUUCUCAGUAAUCCUCGAAUAUCUUCGGAGGUCGAGUAUUGGUACCAACGGCAUGUACGCAGAACAUUUCGGGAUUGGCAAUGUGGAGGGAUUGGCCGCGGGACUCAUCCCAGUGGUACACAACAGUGGCGGACCCAAGCUCGAUAUUGUGGUUCCGUUCGAAGGUCAGCCCGUUGGGUUUCACGCCGAGACAGAAGAUGAGUUUGCUGCUGCUUUUGCCCGUGUGAUGGCCAUGAGUCCACGGGAGCGAUACGAAAUGAGAUUAAGAGGGCGUGCAAGCACCAAGCGAUUCACCGAAACAGUUUUCGCCGGCAAAUGGGUCGAGCAGAUGGAGAUCCUGGUGAGGCUGCAGAAGCUACGCAACAGCCAUAACAUAUAGAGCCAGCAGAACGACCGAAGACUGACGGUCGUGAUGAGUUUAGACCAAUGAUACCCGUCUUGCCUUUUCGCC